UGUAGGACCGAGAAUUUGAGAAAUGCAUUAUGGGAAAAGAGACCAACGCUUGUCUGUUGUUGCUGGGUUAAGCUCUCCUUUAUUCAUGCACUUUUUCGGUGGGAUUAGUGAUAUGCUCACAUAGAAAUUGGCAAGAUACUGUUUGAAUUACAAACCUCAUAGUUUGCCUGUUAGGUGCCCGACCCAAAACGGCAAUUGUCACAAAAGUGGUUAAUAAAUCAUAGCAACCUAGCUAGGUUCAACUAGCUACUCGGCUAAAUAAGCUAUUCACAAUGCCGAAUUUUUGCGCGGCCCCGAACUGCACAAGAAAGAGCACCCAAUCCAACUUGGCAUUCUUCAGGUUUCCAAGAGAUCCUGAGAGAUGCCGACUGUGGGUGGAGAAUUGUCGCCGUGCUGACCUGGAGACCAAAACAUCCGACCAGUUGAACAAACAUUAUCGGCUGUGUGCAAAGCACUUUGAACCAGCGAUGAUAUGCAAAACAAGCCCUUACAGGACGGUGUUGAGAGAGACUGCCAUUCCAACCAUAUUCGACUUAACCAGCCACCUGAACAAUCCACACAGCAGACAUCGCAAACGCAUCAAAGAGCUGACAGAAGAGGAUAUUCGAAAAAUCAAAGAGAGAAGACUGGAGUCCUCCAUUGAACAACUGCACUCUAAGAAGGAUAAAGGGGGUGUGGUGGAGGAGGUGGAGGCCGGGGUGGAGGCCCCCCAGUUGACGCCAGAGCAGAGGGAGCAGCAGGAGUACAUCAAGUCCCUGCUGGAGACAGUUCUGCUGAUGGGGAGGCAGAAUAUCCCCCUGCGGACCUCCAUCCGCCGCCAGGAGGAGGAAGGGGAGGAGGAGCGAAAGGAGGAGGAAGGGGAGGAGGAGGAUGCGGCAUUCGUCCCGAGUAACUUCCAGGCGCUGCUGGAGGCGCGGCUGAGUGCGGGUGACGAGGUGCUGCGGGGGCGUUUCGAGGGCGCGGCCGUGAACGAGGAUUACUGUUCCACGGAGGAACAGCAGCGGCUGCUGGAGUUCUGCGCACGCAGCGUGCAACAGAACCUCCUGCAGGAGGUGCGGGACGCCUCCUUCUUCUCCCUGGUGACGGACGACCUGGUGGAGUUCCCCGGCGGCGCGCGGCUGCCCGUGUUCUUGCGCUUCGUGGACCAGGCCAGCGCGCUGCGGGAGGAGCUGGUGGAGCUGGUGCUGCUGGAGGCCGACGCAGAGCCGACCGGCUUGGCGGAGCGCCUGGAGGCGCUGGUGACGGAACACUGGGGGCUCAGCAUGGAACACUGCCGUGGUCAGGCACACGCCAGCUCCGGCACCUUCGCCGGACACAUCAAAACUGUGGCCAGCAGACUCUCCGAUAAGUACCCAAUGGCCGUGCACACGCCACAGUCCUCCUGUGCCCUCAACGUUCACCUGGCCAACUGCGUUCCACUCGCUGCCGUCCAGACGGUCAUGGCCACGCUUGGGAAGGUGCACGCCUUCCUGCGCUCCACGCCGACGCUGCAGGACGAGAUGGACCGGGUCAUUGGCAUCCUGUUCCAGGGGAGCCCAGAGAAGGCAGAGAGCCUGCGGCAGGCGUGCCGGUGCUGCUGGAGCGAUAUGCACAACCUGUUUGAGGUGGCCGUGGAGCUGAUGGAGCCACUGAUGCUCUGCAUGGACAGCCUCUAUGAGAACGAAGAGAGGAUGUGCAGCGACAGGGUCACCAGUAGCGCCUUCUUCAUCUCCGAGGUGCUCUCCGACUUUGAGUUUGUGGUGACACUGGUGAUCCUGAAGAACACCCUCUCGUUCACGAGAGCUUUCGGUAAAAACCUGCAAGGCGAGACACUGGACGUGUUCUUUGCUGCCAACAGCCUGACAGCGGUGUUACACUCUCUCAACGAGGUGAUGGACAACAUUGAGGUGUACCAUGAGUUCUGGUUUGAGGAGGCUGUGAAUCUGGCCGCUACGAUGGGCAUCACGGUGUGUGUUCCCCGUGUCGUCCUGCUGAGGAAGCCGUCUGCUGACGUUGGGGAGAUGCAGCCGGAGGCGUACUUCAAGGAGUACCUCACCCUUCCCAUCAUGCAGUUCAUCACGCAGGAAGUGAAGGAUAUCUUCUCAGAGAACCACCUCAAAGCGCUGAAGUGUCUGUCACUGGUGCCGGCCGUCAUGGGCCAGAUGAAGUUCAACACGUCAGAGGAGAGCCACGCGCACGGUUACCGUGGCGACUUGCCCAACCCGGACACGUUGCCCGCCGAGCUGCACUGCUGGAGAAUCAAGUGGAAGCACCGCGGCAAGGAGGUCCGCCUCCCCGCCACCAUCCACGAGACGCUGCAGCUGUCCGACGUCAAGUUCUUCCCCAACGUCAACGCCUUCCUCAAGGUUCUGUCCACUCUGCCUGUGCUGAGGCUGGAGCAUGGCUCGCGCCAGACAGCCCAGCAGCGGCUGCAGGCGCACCUGGAGCACACACCUGUGGACUGCAGGUGCCCAAGCAUGGCCCUGCUUCACAUAAACUACCACCUCGUCACCGAUCUGGACCAGAUGGUGGAACAGUACACAAAACAGCUCUCGGAGGAUGACCACAGUGAAAGUGACACACUCGCUGAAUAACACAGCUUUUAACAACACACUGUGAUCAGGACACGACAGAACCAAAGUAUUUAAAGAGAAUGUACAAUGACAGAUGCUUUUGUUUUGAUUAAAAAAAACUUUGCUUAUAUAAAAACUUGUUUGUGUCAGUUGAAGUAAUUGUAAUUUAAGUUUUUUGGUAACAAUGAAUGACCCCUGUGACAAUAAACUACUUGGAAAUGUGCCACAAUUGUAAACAUGAGAGGUGCUGAUUGUUUAUUUGUUUAAUGCAUCUGUGGUAACAGGGGUAUUCCAAGUAUGUGAUUGACCCUUAUGUGAUUAUGUUAUGUGACCCUUAGUCCCUAAACCUUCUGUAGUCUACUGUAAUCUGCUGAGGUUAAUUGACUGCUUUUAAAACAAAGGUUGGCAUAUGGAUUGGCUGCCUUUAGCUUUCAAUGAGGAAGCGACUGCUAUUUUGAUUGGCUGGCUUGAAAAUGGGGUGUUUUCACAGGUCAAGAAGCAAAGGUUGCAGUUUGCUUUCAGAGAAAAAACAGACAGGCUGUCUUCUGUGUAUUCUGAUGUUUCACUAUAAAUUAUAUUUUAUUUGCCA